AUGCUCUCUCCCGCAACCUCGAGCAGCAGUGACCUCUCUUCUAACUCCACUGGACUCGACGUGCUUGCUCCCACCACUCCAUCAACUGGCGCGGGUGUAGUCGAGUCAUCCAUGGCGGAUAUGAAGAGCAGCGUGUACGCUUCGGACGAGUUUCGGAUCUACAGCUUCAAGGUGCGGCCGUGCUCGCGCGCGUACAGCCACGACUGGACGGAGUGCCCGUUCGUGCAUCCGGGGGAGAACGCCCGCCGGCGCGAUCCGCGCAAGUUUCAUUACAGCUGCGUGCCGUGCCCAGAUUUCCGCAAGGGGUCGUGCAGGAGGGGGGACUCGUGCGAGUACGCGCACGGCGUGUUCGAGUGCUGGUUGCACCCCGCGCAGUACCGAACCAGGCUUUGCAAGGACGGCACCAGCUGCUCCCGCCGCGUCUGCUUCUUCGCGCACACGUCCGAGGAGCUCCGCCCGCUGCAGAGCCCCGCCGCGGGCACCCCCGCCAGCAUGUUUGCGCACUCCCCCGCGGACAUGCGCGCAGUCACCGCCUCCGCCGACCUCCCCCCACCUUCCCCCUCUUCCGUCCGCAUGAUGUCGCAGUUUGCGCCGCAUAGCGCAACCAGCUCUUCCCCCACUGCCCCCAUCUCCCCAUCCAUUGCCACGUUUUCCGCGUCCGGGAAGUGCAUGCCCGGGGGAGCGCGAGUCACCGCGGAUUUGGGCGACCUCUCCCUCACCCGCCAGGGUAGAUCCCCGGGCGUGCCUUUCCACCAGCUCCAGGACGCGCCGUCCCGUUAUGAGCCGACUCAGAACUCGCUCGGAAACGACUUGUCCCUCGGCCGAAACCCGGGGAGGAGCCCGGGCGUGAGUUAUCAGCUUCAAGACGCGCCCUCCCCCGGCCUUAGUAGGGGCGCGCAGCAGCUUUACAGCCCCUUACGCCCGGACGUUCUCAGUGGGGAUAUGGGCAGCGUGGGCGGGGGAGUUGCGGGUAUGGGGAGCGGCGGAAUGGGUAUGGGGAGCGGCGGAAUGGGUAUGGGGAGCGGCGGAAUGGGUAUGGGGAGCGGCGGAAUGGGAAUGGGGAGCACGGGCAUGGGAAUAGGGGGUGGCGGCAUGGGCAUAGCAAGUGUAAGUGCAGGGGGGCAAAUGGGCGGGAACAGUGUUCCGUCCAGUCCUGGACGAUUAGGCAUGACAUUAUCAGGGGAAGGCUCGCGUCUUGGGCCUGUAAGCGGCUCCUCAAGCCCUUCGCUCUCUGCCCCAAGAACUUAUGCGGGUGCUGGUAGUGAUGCUGCGCCUAGGAGCUAUGGGGGUGUUGGUAGUGAUGGUGGCAUGGGGGGUGCAGAUGGGGGGAUGUUUGGUGCUCUACCCUCUCCGAGCCAGUCUCCUAGGUAUGGUGCUGCCGGGCCUUCUGGCAUGUUCCGAGGCGGGUCGUCAGUCCACUCUGUGCCCACCUAUGAACCCCGCAUGCUGCCACCCCAGGGAGAAUUGCCCUCCCAUCAAGGAACUAGUCUUUCUAAAGGAGCAGGGGGUCAGCUUAUAUCGGGGACAGGGAGGGAGGAGGUACAGGAGACGGAUGUGGGGUGGGUGGGGAGUCUGGUUCGGGAUGCGGGGAGUGGUGCUGGGUUUUGA